ACCAUGAUUUACUCUGAUGGCAAUUACGAGAUUAAGUACACUUUUGAGGUCUAAUUUCUUGGGCAAAAUCUACUGCUUCUUACUUUCUUCUUCUUCGUCUUACACUUUUUAUUUUCAUCAAUCGCGCAUUAUACUUUUCAUCUUCUAUCGCUCAUCAACGCCAUUUCAUCGAAGCAAAACAAGACGUCGAAGAAAAAUUAAGUUUAGAUCGAAGCAAUCUCAAACAUUUUAGAACUAAUAAUUUCAUUUCGAAGACUGCGAUCUAAUCAGAAUAUUAGGUUUGGCAAAGGGGAUGGCCUGGGGUGACCAUUUGUUUCUCUUGUAUUGUAUUAUGGAGUUUUGAUCAUCUUGCUAAUUAGUGGCGGGAAACAUGAACAUCGUCAAGGGUGUGGCUGACCUCAUUCGAAGGACCUCCAGUGUCCAAUCUGGAGAAUCUACUUCGGGGUCCGCCGCCGAGAGGUUCCCUCCUCCUGCUCCAAGAAUCUGCUUCAGUGAAGCAGGCGACGAGGCAAUUUUACAUGCGCUUUGGGAUAAAUUCGAGAGCACUGUGGACAAGGCUGAAAAGAAAAAGGUAUUUCUUGUCUUCCUCAAGCAAUUUGUAGCAGUAUACAAGGAAUGGAAACCUGUUAAUACUGGCCAGUUACCAGAGUCGGCUUUAGUGACUCUCCCUUCCAUGGAAUAUCCUCUACAAGUGGAUGAUAUAGUUGCUGGCUGCACCUUUGGACACCCAGCUGAAGUCAUUCUGGUAUUAACUGAAGAGAUCACAAAGUUAACCACUUUGGUUACUGAUUUAAAUACCAUUUUGAUGCCCUCGAAAAUGGACUUACCGGAAUCCUCGACAAGCUUGAAAAUUCCCUCUGAAGGACUACAAACAUUGGAAGCUUUAACAAUAAUAACCCGUUCGAUACAUAAUUGCAGAGUUUUUGGCUACUACGGUGGGAUUCAAAAGCUAACUGCAUUAAUGAAAGGGGCUGUUGUUCAGCUCAAAGCAUUAAGUGGUUCACUAUCUGGUGAUGAAAGUUUGUCUAACGUUAUUGUUGAGAAGAUCAAACUUCUGCAACAAAUACUUGUACAUUUAGUCUCAGUAAUUUGUAUCUUUAUUGAUUUAAAUACAAAUGAAUACGAAAAAGCUCCCUUGUAUGGUGGGUCUUUAGAUUUUUCCGCCUCAGUGAUUGGUGUAUCAUUGACCGAGUCUUCUAGUAAUAUAAAGACUCCUACUGAAACAAGGCUGUCUUGGCAUCAGAAGGCAAUUAUGUCCGUAAUGGAAGCAGGUGGCCUCAAUUGGUUAGUAGAGCUGCUGCGUGUCAUAAGAAGGUUUAGUUUGAAAGAACAGUGGUUGGAUGUAUCACUUCAGAACUUGACCUUGAGGACCCUUCAUUUAGCAUUAUCCAAUAAUCCACGCGGUCAGAAUCACUUUAAAAGUAUUGGAGGGCUUGAGGUGCUAUUGGAUGGUUUAGGGGUGCCGUCAAUGAAUGCGCUUUUGUUGAAGAAUGUUUUCGAUAUCGAUCAGAAGAGAGCUCAAAACCCUUUGCUGAAGAUUUUCCAGCUUCAUAUUCGUUCCUUGACAGUUUUGAGAGAGGCUGUCUUUGGAAAUUUGAACAGCAUGCAAUUCCUAUGUGAAAAUGGAAGAAUUCAUAAAUUUGCAAAUAGCUUUUGUUCACUUGCUUUCAUGCUUCAAGAGUAUAAGCAGAAAUCCAAGGGUUUGGCUAUACAUGAUGGUUGUCAGAUGCCUGAUUCUGGGUCAAGUGAGAAUCCUGUAAAGAUAGAGCUUUCUUUUCCCCUUCCAGCUGAUGCUUCUUUUUCUCAAUUCUGGAGUGAAUAUGUGGUGAAGUUGAGCAGGGUAAUAUGUUCUUUCAUAGCCACUCCUGAAAAUAGUAAAACUCAUAAUGUCCCAGCAACCCCUGGUCGAAUUGCUAUGCCUGUUUCUUCAGUGUAUAGUGAACUCUCUAUUAAGUGGGCCAUGAGGGUGCUUCACACUGUCUUCCCAUGCAUCAAGGCUUGUUGUUCAAAUCAAAAUCAAUUGCCAGUCCAUUUCAGGGUCUUUAUAAAUGCUCUGCAGCGUUCUGUUCUUGAUGCCUUCAGGACGGUUCUUGCUUCAUCACCUUCGUUGCUUGAAAUAUUUAGGGAAGAGGGAUUAUGGGACCUUAUCUUCUCUGAGAACUUUUUCUAUUUUGGACAACCUUCAGAAGAGAAUUCUGCAGAGCAUACAUGCUAUGAAGGAUUAUCAGAGAAGCUUGAAAUGAAUUUUCUCUCUAGUGGCAUUGAUAGCCAAACUAAAGCUAGCGGAAUUGAAAUCCUUCAAAUAGAAAUGAUUUCAUUCGUUGAAUUUGCUGCAACUUGUAGUGGAAGUGUGCAUAAUUUGCCUGAAUUAUCUGGUCUAUUGGAUGCUCUUGAACAAUGUGCCUGCCAUUCUGAGAUGGCCAAUUUGGUUGUGAAGACUCUGCUUCGUAUAUUGGAGCUUUCAUCUGAGAAAACUGUGGCCUCAUUUAAGGCUCUCAACGCCGUCCAUCGUGUGCUUAAAGUUGCUUCCAUCCAGGCCAAAGAGUCGAGAAGAUCUGGAAAUAUUAGUCCUUGUCUGGAGAAGAUGUUUUCGUCUAAUACUGACAUGAUAGCUGAGUUGCCUGAGGCAGCUGAGAGUCGGCUUGAAUGCAUGGAAACAUGCAUGCAUCUAUUCACAGAAUUUUUCUCAAUAGCAGAUGAUGCGAGAAGUUAUGUUUUGCGUGAUUUGACUUGUAUUGAUUCUUUAUUUGAUUUAUUUUGGGAAGAAGGCAUGAGGAAUACUGUACUUAAACACAUUCUUGACCUAAUGAAGAUUGUACCAUCAUCUCCAGAAGACCAAAAGGCAAAGUUGCAAUUAUGUUCAAAAUAUUUAGAAACGUUUACUCAAAUAAAGGAAAAAGAAAAAGGUUUUGCACGACUAUCCAUUGAUCUAUUGGUUGGAAUGAGAGAGAUGCUCAUGACUGAUUUAGAGUACUAUCAGGUGUUGUUUCGUGAUGGUGAAUGCUUUCUGCAUGUUGUCUCCUUACUAAAUGGUAAUCUCGAUGAGGCUUAUGGGGAGAAGUUAGUUUUUAAUGUUCUUCAGACUCUUACCUGUCUUCUUGCAAGCAAUGACAGCUCAAAGGCUUCAUUUAGAGCUCUAGUUGGCAAGAAUUAUCAAACAUUGCAAAGUUUGCUGUUGGACUUUUGUCAGUGGAGUCCAAGUGAGGCACUUCUAACUUCACUGCUUGACAUGCUUGUUGAUGGAAAGUUUGAUAUAAAAGCAAACCCCCUGAUAAAGAAUGAAGAUGUCAUCAUACUUUAUCUGAGUGUUUUACAGAAGAGCAGUGACUCCUUGCGGAAUCAUGGCCUUAAUGUGUUUCUGCAGCUACUAAGGGAUUCCAUUUCCAAUCGAGCUUCAUGUGUUAGAGCAGGAAUGCUCAACUUUCUUCUUGGUUGGUUUGCUGAAGAAGAUAAUGACAACGUCAUUUUAAAAAUUGCACAACUGAUUCAAGUUAUUGGUGGACAUAGCAUAUCUGGGAAGGAUAUCCGUAAGAUCUUCGCUCUCUUACGAAGUGAGAAGGUUGGAAGCAGACAGCAGUACUGUUCACUUUUGUUGACCACUGUGUUGUCAAUGCUAAAUGAGAAGGGACCUACUGCCUUUUUUGAUCUCAGCGGAACUAAUUCUGGAAUCACUAUUAAAACCCCCGUGCAGUUACCUCUCAAUAAAGGGUUCUCAUUUUCAUGUUGGAUUAGGGUGGAAAACUUCCCUAGAAACGGUGCCAUGGGUCUUUUCAGUUUGCUAACUGAAAAUGGGAAAGGGUGCUUUGCAGUGCUCGGAAAGGAUAAGCUCAUUUAUGAGUCAAUCAAUCUGAAGAGGCAGUCUGUUCAACUUCACAUUAACAUAGUCAGGAGAAAAUGGCAUUUUCUUUGCCUAACUCACAGCAUUGGAAGGGCAUUUUCUGGGGGUAGCUUGUUGAGAUGUUAUUUGGAUGGUGUUCUUGUAUCAUCAGAAAGAUGCAGAUAUGCAAAAGUAAAUGAACUACUGACAAACUGUAGCAUCGGCACGAAAGUUACUCCGCCCCCAAAUGAAGAAGAUGGUUCUGUGGACGUCCGAGAUAGUUUUUCCUUUCAUGGUCAGAUUGGUCCUGUUUAUCUGUUUUCUGAUGUUAUUUCAUCUGAGCAAGUCCAUGGAAUCUUUUCCUUAGGACCAAGCUACAUGUAUUCAUUUCUUGAUAUCGAAUCAUCCCCAUUUUAUGAUAGUCCAUUGCCCGGUGGUAUUCUUGAUGCUAAAGAUGGUCUGGCAUCAAAAAUUAUGUAUGGACUAAAUGCACAGGCAAGUGAUGGCAGGAAAUUGUUUAAUGUUUCUACAGUCUCAGAUAAUGCUUUGGAUAAGAAGACAUUUGAAGCGAAUGUUAUGGCUGGUACACAGUUAUGUUCGCGGCGUUUGCUGCAACAAAUAAUUUACUGUGUUGGAGGGGUUUCCGUAUUUUUCCCGCUCAUUGCACAGUCUGAUAGAUAUGAAAAUGAAGAAAGUGGAUUCUUUGAACAUGCGUUACUUACACCCAUCACAAGAGAGCGUUUGACAGCUGAGGUCAUUGAGCUUAUAGCUUCUGUAUUAGAUGACAAUUUAGCAAAUCAACAACAGAUGCAUAUUCUUUCUGGAUUCUCUAUACUGGGAUUUUUAUUGCAAUCGGUUCCUCCACAACAACUUAAUCUGGAAACUCUAUCAGCCUUGAAACACCUAUUCAAUGUGGCUGUAAAUUGUGGUUCAGCAGAGCUUCUUGUGACGGAAGCUAUAUCUAGCAUUUUUCUUAAUCCUUUCAUCUGGGUUUAUACAGCAUAUAAGGUGCAGCGUGAGCUGUACAUGUUUCUAAUACAGCAAUUUGAUAAUGAUCCAAGGCUGCUUUCAAGUUUGUGUCGGUUUCCACGUGUUGUUGAUAUUAUUCGCCAAUUUUAUUGGGACAAUUCAAAAUCUCGAGUUGCUAUAGGAAGCAAGCCUCUGCUUCAUCCCAUUACGAAACAAGUUAUUGGAGAGAGACCGCAGCAGGAAGAAAUACACAAAAUUCGUCUUCUUUUAUUGAGCCUUGGUGAAAUGAGCCUUAGGCAGAAUAUUGCAGCAGCAGAUAUAAAAGCUCUAAUAGCCUUUUUUGAGACAAGCCAGGAUAUGGCAUGCAUUGAGGAUGUUUUACACAUGGUCAUCCGUGCUCUUUCCCAAAAACCACUUCUUAUUGCUUUCCUUGAACGAGUAAAUAUGAUUGGUGGUUGCCACAUUUUUGUCGAUCUGCUUCAGAGGGAAAAUGAGACCAUCAGAUUGCUUAGCUUGCAGUUCCUUGGAAGGCUCUUGGUUGGUGUACCAUCUGAGAAGAAGGGGCCAAGGUUUUUCAGUCUAUCUGUUGGAAGAUCAAAAUCUCUUUCAGAAAGCCAGAAGAAAAACUCAAGGAUGCAGCCGAUCUUUUCAGUUAUCUCUGAGAGGCUAUUCAGAUUUCCUCUGACAGAUAAUUUGUGUGCCGGCUUAUUUGAUGUUCUUCUCGGUGGUGCCAGUCCCAAACAGGUCUUGCAGAAACACAACCAGGUUGAAAAGCCAAGAAACAAAGGAAAUAUAUCUCAUUUCUUUCUUCCUCAGAUCCUGGUCAUCAUUUUUAGAUUCUUGUCUACAUGCGAGAAUGCAUCUGCAAGAACAAAAAUACUUAAAGAUUUGCUUGAUCUACUCGAUUCAAAUUCUUCAAAUAUUGAAGCUCUAAUGGAGUACGGAUGGAAUGCUUGGUUAGCGGCUUCUUUGGAGCUUAAAGUGUUAAAACAAUACAAAAUUGAGCCGCAGAACCGCAAUGCAACUGAGUUACUUGAGCAGAAUUUAGUGAGGAAUCUGUUUUCCAUUGUUCUUUGUCAUUAUUUGCACUCUGUAAAAGGCGGUUGGCAACAAUUGGAAGAAACAGUGAAUUUCCUACUCUUUCACUGUGAGCAUGGUGGCAUUUCAUAUCGAUACUUGCUUCAUGAUAUAUUUGAAGACAUGGUUCAGAGGCUAGUAGACUUUUCUUAUGAUGAAAAUAUCUUUUCUACGCAACCAUGUCGUGACAAUGCCCUAUAUCUUCUACGAAUAGUUGAUGAGAUGCUCGUCUCUGAUGUUGACCAUAAAAUUCUGUUUGCAGCAGAUGGCGCAAAUAUGUCUCCUGAUUCUAUAGAUUUAGAAACUCACAUGGAUUAUGAUUUUGCACUAUAUGAGAUUUUGCAAGGAGAAUUUGUUAAUCAAACAUCUAGAAAUCCUUGGGUUUGCAAGCAUUCAACCACACAUGAAGAGAAACUAACUGAUGAUAAGUGGUGGAAUUUGUAUGACAAUUUGUGGAUUAUCAUUAGUGAAAUGAAUGGUAAGGGGCCUAGCAGGAUUUUACCCAAGUCAUCAUCAACAGUGGGACCCUCUUUUGGUCAAAGAGCACGUGGCCUAGUUGAGUCAUUGAACAUCCCAGCUGCAGAAAUGGCUGCAGUUGUUGUAACAGGAGGGAUAGGAAAUGCCUUGGGUGGAAAACAAAAUAAAACUAUUGAUAAAGCAAUGCUUUUAAGAGGAGAGAGAUGCCCGAGAAUUGUGUUCCGACUUGCAUUUGUAUAUCUCUGCAAAGCUUCCCUAGAAAGAGCUUCGCGAUGUGUGCAACAGGUUAUUUCAGUUUUGCCUUCUCUUCUAGCUGCUGAUGAUGAGCAAAGUAAGAAUAGAUUGCAGUUUUUCCUCUGGGUUUUGCUUUCCAUAAGGUCCCAAUAUGGGAAGCUGGAUGAUGGUGCUCGUUUUCAUGUCAUGUCACAUUUGAUUCGAGAAACUGUAAACUGUGGGAAAGCAAUGCUUGCUACUUCCAUCGUGGGCAGAGAGGACUCUUCUGAUUUAGGGGCUAACUCAAAAGAUGCAGGCUCUAUUCAGAAUUUAAUUCAAAAGGAUCGAGUCCUGGCCGCGGUUUCUGAGGAGUUGAAAUAUUUGAAGACAUCAAUAUCUGAUCGUUCCAAGCAGUUGCUUGAGCUCCAUGCUAGAAUUGAUGAGAAUACCUCUGUAGAAACUGCUAAUAAGAAAGCAUUUGAAGAUGAGAUACAUAGCAGCUUGAACACAAUCCUUGCUUCAGAUGACAACAGAAGAGCUGUAUUCCAGUUUGCUCAUGAGGUGGAUCAGCAAAAUGUCGCUGAAAAAUGGAUGCACAUGUUCCGCACUUUGAUUGAUGAAAGAGGUCCCUGGUCAGCUAAUCCAUUCCCAAAUAGUGUAGUAAUGCAUUGGAAACUUGACAAGACAGAAGAUGUAUGGCGGCGUAGACCCAAGUUAAGACGAAAUUAUCAUUUUGAUGAUAAGUUGUGCCUUCCUCCUUCCACUGUCUCUAGCAAUGAGGACACAGUUCCUGUUUUUGAAAAUAAAGCUAGUUUUGUGGGCCAUAUUCCUGAGCAAAUGAAGCGGUUUUUGCUGAAGGGUGUGCGCAGGAUAACUGAUGAGGGGAGCUCAGAGGUUGGUGAAAAUGAUGCUGAACCUAGCAACCAAAAUACCUCCUUUUCUGGGGAUCUUUCGGAGAGUAAAUGCUCAGACCUGGUUAAAGGAAGCAAUGAUCAGAAGGAUGUAAUACAAAACAACCAAGAUCCAUCUUUCUCCUCACAGGAGACGGAACCUAGUGAGGUUCUUAUAUCAGUUCCAUGUGUUCUUGUGACACCAAAGAGAAAAUUGGCCGGAAAAUUGGCGGUCAUGAAAAAUUUCGUGCACUUUUUUGGUGAGUUUUUGGUUGAAGGUACGGGAGGAUCAUCUGUUUUCAAGAACUUUGAUGCUUCAAGCAAUUCUGAUAUGACCAGGCUUGAACAGAAAAGCAAGUCUCUCAAAUGGCCCAUACAUGUUGAUAUUAAUUCUUCGAAGGGGGUUUCUGUUGAUAAUGCAGAGACAGUAAAUGAAAAUGCAUAUCAAAGACAGUUAAAGCAUGUUAAGCGCCACAGAAGAUGGAACAUUGGCAAGAUAAAAUCUGUCCAUUGGACUCGGUAUCUACUUAGAUACACUGCAAUAGAGAUUUUCUUUGCUGGUUCGGUUGCACCGGUCUUUCUGAAUUUUACAUCGCUGAAAGACGCAAAAGAGGUUGGGACUAUAAUAGUUGCUAUUAGAAAUGAAUUCCUAUUUCCAAAAGGAAGUAGUAAGGACAAGAGCGGAACUAUUAUGUUUGUUGAUAGACGAGUAGCGCUUGAGAUGGCAGAAAUUGCUAGAGAAAGUUGGAGGAGAAGGGAUAUAACGAAUUUUGAAUACCUAAUGAUUCUUAACACACUUGCGGGAAGAUCUUAUAAUGACUUGACACAAUAUCCCAUCUUUCCUUGGGUUUUAGCUGAUUAUUCCUCUCAGGUUCUAGAUUUUAACAAGUCAUCAACAUUUCGGGAUCUUACUAAACCUGUUGGGUCACUGGAUUUGAAACGAUUUGAGGUGUUUGAAGAUCGAUACCGCAACUUUUCUGAUCCCGAUAUACCUAGUUUCUACUACGGGUCUCAUUACUCAAGUAUGGGGAUUGUGCUAUACUAUCUUCUUAGACUAGAGCCAUUUACAUCACUUCAUCGUAAUCUGCAGGGUGGUAAAUUUGAUCAUGCGGAUCGUCUUUUCCAAGGCAUUGAAGGCACGUAUAGAAAUUGUCUUUCUAAUACAAGUGACGUGAAGGAGUUAAUUCCUGAGUUUUUCUACCUUUCGGAAUUUCUUGUUAACUCAAAUUGCUAUCAUCUUGGAGUCAAACAAGAUGGGGAGCCGAUAGGAGAUGUUUGUCUCCCUCCAUGGGCCAAGGGGUCUCCUGAAUUAUUUAUAAAUAAAAAUCGAGAGGCCCUGGAAAGUGAAUAUGUUAGUUCGAAUCUGCACCAUUGGAUUGAUUUGAUAUUUGGUUACAAGCAGCGGGGAAAACCAGCAGUGGAGGCUGCCAAUAUCUUCUAUUAUUUAACAUAUGAAGGUGCUGUUGAUUUAGACACAAUGGAUGAUGAGCUGCAAAGAUCAGCAAUUGAAGACCAAAUUGCAAAUUUUGGCCAGACUCCAAUCCAGAUUUUCCGUAAGAAACACCCAAGAAGAGGGCCGCCAAUUCCAAUUGCUCACCCUUUGUAUUUUGCACCCGAUUCUAUUAAUUUGACAUCUAUUGUAUCAAGCACAAGUCAUCCUUCGUCAGCUGUAUUAUAUGUUGGCAUAUUGGACUCAAAUAUUGUUCUAGUGAACCAAGGACUCACCUUGUCUGUUAAGUUGUGGUUGAGUACUCAAUUGCAAUCUGGUGGAAAUUUUACCUUCUCUGGCGUCCAGGAACCAUUUUUCGGAGUUGGCUCUGAUGUUCUUUCUGCUCGAAGAAUUGGUAGUCCUCUGGCUGAAAAUAUUGAACUUGGAGCACAAUGCUUUGCGACAAUGCAAACACCUACUGAGAACUAUUUGGUCUCUUGUGGUAAUUGGGAAAACAGCUUUCAGGUCAUUUCCUUAAGUGAUGGAAGAAUGGUGCAGAGUAUUCGACAGCAUAAAGAUGUGGUUAGCUGUGUGGCAGUGACAGCUGAUGGAAGUAUCCUUGCAACUGGAAGUUACGACACAACUGUCAUGGUCUGGGAAGUUCUCCGUGUGCGAGGCUCUGAAAAGAGAGUUCGAAGCACCCAGAAUGAGCUGCCUCGUAAAGAAUGCGUCAUUGCUGACACUCCUUUUCAUAUUCUAUGUGGGCACGAUGACAUAAUUACAUGCUUAUAUGUCAGUGUGGAGCUUGAUAUAGUUAUAAGUGGUUCAAAAGAUGGAACUUGUGUUUUUCAUACCCUAAGGGAAGGAAGAUACAUAAGAUCCUUAAGGCAUCCCUCUGGCAGUGCAUUGUCCAAGCUUGCAGCCUCCCGGCAUGGACGGAUAGUGUUUUAUGCUGAUGGUGAUCUCAGUCUUCAUCUUUAUUCAAUUAAUGGGAAACAUCUUGCAACUUCUGAAUCUAAUGGCCGUCUCAACUGUGUUGAACUUAGUGGGUGCGGGGAGUUUCUGGUGUGUGCAGGUGACCAAGGACAGAUCGUUGUACGCUCUAUGAACACACUUGAUGUUGUGAAACGGUAUAAUGGAGUUGGAAAAAUAAAUUCAUGUCUGACAGUAACCCCAGAAGAAUGCUUCUUAGCUGGAACUAAAGAUGGAAGCCUUCUUGUGUACUCCAUUGAAAAUCCUCAACUCCGAAAAUCUAAUGCUCCUCGAAAUGUGAAAUCUAAAGCUUCUGUAUCGGGAUAGAUAUACAUUUACUGACUAGAGAUAUGCAAAUGACAGCAUCUGUUUACCGAAUUCUUUUCUGAAUAGUCAGCUAAGAUUCUUCGUUUCCUUCUGGGUUCUAUCUGUAUCCUAUCUUUUUGUCAUGAAGAAUGUAAUUUCCAGGGCUACACUGUGGGAUCUUCAUUCACAGACAGGAAACCGAUUAAAGCUUCAGCUUCAUAUUGCAAUAUGGAGCAACCUCACCAUACAGGUAAUGGACAACUUGUUCAACAAUUUGGUUGUUCUCAUCUCUAUCCCUAAACAGGUCUCUCAUCUCCUUUGCCAAGUCUUCCAAGCCAUCUGCUUUUGCCUUCCUCACCAGCUCCGCCACCGAGUCGGACGUAAAUGUCCCAUCUAACUCAUUUCGCGGUAUCUCUAACCCAAGUUUUUUCUCCUCUAAUAACCUUGCAUUUAAUCCCUGAUCAUUUAAAACUGGAAACAGAAUCAAAAUCCUAUUAAAUGAGAGUCCUUCAAUGAUGGAGUUCCAGCCGCAGUGAGUCAAGAACACCCCAACAGCCUCAUGACGUAGUAUCUUCACCUGGGGCACCCAUCCAUUGUAUAUGACUCCGUGAUCCUUAACUCGCUGCUCGAACCCAUCUGGCAGCAUUUCCAUUGCAUUCCGAGUCGACCCAGGUGGGUUCUUGAGCACCCAGAAGAAAGGAGACCUUGACUUUUCCAAGCCGAGAGCCAACUCGUUGACUUCUUCUUGAGUCAAAGCAGCCUCAGUUCCUAAAGCAACAUAUACAACUGACUUAGCUUCCUUCUUAUCUAACCAUAAUCUAAUAUUAUCCCAUUCCUCCUCAUCACUAUCCUCCUCUUCUACUUCCCUGGGUGGCAGGAACCCGACCGGAAUGAUCCGUUUUUCACUCAUCUUGCCGUACAGAUCAAACCACUCCGAUUCAAACUCGGGCGAGCUUCUAAUGAUAAUGACAUCAGCUUUUCCCGCAGAAAAACCGAACCUAACUCCAUCAUUUGGUCCGGUUUCAUCCGCUUCUGUUUUCUCUACAUACUUUGUCACCUCAUGGAUAUGAAACUUAACAUUAGUCUCAAACGGAACCCACUUCGGCACGCUGGCAAAGUCCUCCGCUGCCAAACGGGAAUCGCCGUUCAUCAUCAAUGACGGAGGUGGGCCAGUGAAGGAUAAUGUUGCAGCAGUGAAUAAACUAAAGAAAGCCGAUGAGAUACCAAUCUUGGAAGCUAUGGAUGGUAGCCAAUGAGAAGCAUAAUCGUAAAUAACCCAGUCCGGUUUUACGGAUUCUAGGAAAGUGGUUAAUGGCGAUUCAAGCAAAUCAAAAGCCUUCUUUAGUAGCUGUUGCUUAGUAUAGGGUACAUCUGUAGUAGUCUCUGCAAAAGGUGGCAGUCCUGGUAUGGAAGGUCAAUAUUCAAGAUUGGCGGGUUGACUGUCCAUCUUCCAGUGAAGCGUGCAAGUGUAAGAGACUAAGAGGAGCUAAACGAUAAAUUCUUACAUGUGCAUCGAGUGUUUAUUUACAUCUAGCCAAUGAGCAUUUACGAUAAUAAAUCUUUUAAUUAUUACUUAUUCUUUUUAUCAUUCAAUUUUUUACAUGGCUAACGCACAAUUAGUUUGUUGCACGAAUGACAUGGCGUAAUGGUUAUGUGCAAUAAUUUUUCAAUGUGUAAGAGAUUAAGAGUAGCUAAACAAUAAAUUCUUACAUGUGCAUCAUAUUCCUCAAUCUCAAAUUGGAAUAAUAAUUCUA